CAGAAAAGGGUCACAGGAUGCAGAGAGGAGUGUAUGUGAUGUGUGUGCUGUUCUCCUGGUCACCAUGGAGCCUCCAGGUCGACAGCGUGCUUCCAGAAAAUCUCAACUUCACGCAGGAAAACUUUGUUUUGAGUCAGUUCAUGGGGAAGUGGUAUGAGGUGGCGGUGGCGUCGACCUGCCCUCACUACACGCAGCGGAAGCGGGGGAACCCCGUCACUGUGGCGCUGGAGCUGACUCAUAAGACCUCAGAGAGCAACUUCACCAUGGCCGCCUCCUCUGUCAGGAACGGUUCCUGUCAGGAAACGUCCACAGUUCACAGCCUGACCGACACUCCAGGACGCUUCUUCCACCAUGUUGCAAGGUUUGGAGCAGAUGUCGAUUCCAUUGUGGUUCGUACCAACUAUAAUGACCACGCAGUGAUGUUUCUGCUGAGCACAGAGAAACUUUCAGAGGAAAAAACCAUCAUAUUCAAACUUUACAGUAGAUCUGUGGAUGUGAGUCCUGCUGUGCUGGAAGACUUUAAAACACUGAUUCGACUACAUGGAAUGAAUGAAGGCGCAGUCAUUGUAAAUCAGUAUGAAGGUGAGUGUGCUGCUGGCGAGGAGGUGACUGAACCCACCACUCAACCUCAGGAUGAAACAUAA